CAUGACGAGCGCUACGUCCCCAAUCCUGCUAAAAUGGGACCCCAAGAGUCUUGAGAUUCGCACGUUGACUGUGGAGAGGCUGCUGGAGCCAUUGGUUACACAGGUGACCACUCUGGUCAACACCAGUAACAAAGGUCCAUCCAGUAAGAAAAAGGGACGCUCCAAGAAAGCUCACGUGCUGGCUGUGUCCGUGGAGCAGGCGACGCAGAACUUCCUAGAAAAGGGCGAGCAGAUUGCUAAGGACAGCCAGGACCUGAAGGAGGAGCUUAUCGCAGCUGUAGAGGACGUUCGCAAACAAGGUGAGACGAUGCGCGUGGCCUCCUCAGAGUUUGCAGAUGACCCCUGCUCCUCUGUGAAACGUGGCACCAUGGUCCGAGCCGCCCGUGCCCUCCUCUCUGCCGUCACUCGCCUCCUCAUCCUGGCUGACAUGGCCGAUGUCAUGAGGCUCCUGGCUCACCUCAAGAUCGUGGAAGAAGCUCUAGAAGCUGUGAAGAAUGCCACCAAUGAGCAGGACUUGGCCAAUCGCUUCAAGGAGUUCGGGAAAGAGAUGGUCAAACUCAACUAUGUUGCUGCUCGCAGACAGCAGGAGCUGAAGGACCCUCAGUGCAGGGACGAGAUGGCGGCGGCUCGAGGGGCUCUUAAGAAGAACGCCACUAUGCUCUAUACUGCCUCCCAGGCCUUCCUGCGCCACCCCGAUGUGGCUGCUACACGUGCCAACCGCGACUAUGUCUUCAAACAGGUCCAAGAAGCCAUCGGGGGCAUCUCCAGCUCUGCCCAGGCCACUUCACCCACCGAUGAGAAGCACGGGCACGCCGGCAUUGGCGAGCUAGCCGCCGCUCUCAACGAGUUUGAUAAUAAGAUCAUUCUGGACCCGCUAACAUUCAGUGAGGCUCGCUUCAGGCCAUCACUCGAGGAACGUCUGGAGAGCAUCAUCAGUGGUGCCGCCCUCAUGGCCGACUCCUCCUGCACACGCGACGACCGCCGUGAACGCAUCGUAGCCGAGUGCAACGCCGUGCGCCAGGCCCUACAAGACCUGCUGAGCGAGUACAUGAACAAUACCGGAAGAAAAGAAAAAGGAGACCCCCUGAAUUCAGCUAUCGACAAGAUGACCAAAAAGACCCGUGAUCUACGCAGACAGAACACAAAAGGCAAAUAUAGGAUGAGAGGAUGGUGA